UGCAAAAACCCCACCCCACAUACUACUAGGACAGCUGGCGCCUUCCUUCACGAAUUCAGUUAAAGUCAAAUGCUUCUAGGAAUAGCACCAUGGCGAAGCUGGUGGUUUACUUACAAUAUUUCUUUACCGUGUUUCUUAUUGUCAUACAGACGCUAGUUUUUAAAGUCCUAGCUUUUGUUUUCCCAGCCACCACGAAGAAGAUAAUAUUAAAACUUGGUGAAAAAACCACUAUGACCCAGAAUCCAAAGUUCAAGUUUGAAGACUGGGGGCCAACAUUCUGGACCUUAAAUUUUGUUAAAGCGGCUCUUGUUUCCGCAUGGAAAAACACAAGGGACGAAGCAUUUGUGGGAGCCCUUGCACCUAACACUCCCGUGUUAAAUUUGGAUGGGGGAAAAACAGAUAUUUACGGCUUUAUUAAUGGCAGAAGACCACUGGUGUUGAGCUUCGGUAGCUGCACCUGACCCCCGUUUCUUUUUAAGUUUGGCGAGUUCAAGCAGCUUACCAAAGAUUUCAGUUCUGUCGCAGAUUUCCUCAUCAUCUACAUCAAUGAGGCUCAUGCGACAGAUGGAUGGUCUUUCAGAAACAAUGUUGACAUCAAGUGCCAUAAAAGUCUUCAAGAUCGCCAGGCUGCAGCACAGGUACUACUAAAGCAGGACCCGCCCUGUCCUGUUGUUCUAGACACUAUGGCUGAUGAAGCAGCUUCAAAAUAUGGAGCAAUGCCAGAAAGGCUGUAUGUGCUGCAAUCAAAGAAAAUAAUCUACAAGGGUGGAAUGGGUCCCUGGGGAUAUAACCCACAAGAAGUACGCGCCGUUCUGCAAAAGCUGAAUUAACGGACUGUGGUGAUAAACAAAUAUCUUAUUUGUUUCUCAAUUGAAAACAGUGUAUUGUCCACAUUUUUACUACUACACUGUCGUUGUCUUGCUGUUUGGUCUAUAUGUAAUGUAUGGUGUUGCUUUUGUACUUCAAGAAAUAUAAGCUGUCUAAAAGGGAUUGGUAUCUUACUAGGUAACAGAGGUGGUUAUGUCAUAUAUCGCCAGGCAAACACCUGGCACAAAAAAAGUUAGAUUGUACAGCAAAGUAAAAUACAUAUAUUUGAUAAUGUUGCAUGGAGUUAGCUUCAUUUGCCAGGAAAUAAGUUAAUACAUGUACUAUAUUGAAUUUCCCUUUAUUUCAAACAUAAAUGAACAAUACAUUAUAAAAGAAGGCAGUCAGGGAAGCGUUCAUUUACCAGCUGUUAGUUUCUCAUGUUAUAAAAGUCUAUUUGCUAAUGCAGAAGCGCUUCAUCCACCAGCUUCUUUGCCGACAAUGAAAGUCUGAGGUUUCCAUUGUAAGCACAGUACAGCAUUCCAUCGCUUACACUAGCUUCCUGUGCUGUCCAGUUUGUCAUUGAAUUGGCCCUAAGUGUGAAAAGUACAUUUUUAGGGGGUCACUUAAUUAAGUGUAUUACCUACUGUGUAUAUAAGGAGAGACAUGGACUUACAUUGCACUCUGUUGUGAGACAGUAAUACCGGGAAAUAUAACAUCACAGGUUAACAACUUGACUAAAUACCUUGACUGAAUUUGGAGGAAUAUUUAAUUUGGUUUUCUACAGAUUUGAUUCUAAUAUCCAUUAAUAUUUGUUUCUUUACAAUACAGAAAUACUCUGCUAUAUUUAUUUAUGACGGUUACAGUUGAAACCUAUGGCUGCUGUAGCCAGAUGUACCAAAAUAUUGGCAAGAGUUUUUGAAACAGAAAAUAGCAUUAUAAGCAACAUGACAUGCUUGUAAUUUUAUCACCAUAAUGUGCAGCUAGUCUAUAUAACAAAUACUAUAAUUCUGUCAUUCUUUAAAGUUGUAGUUAUCAAAAAUGUUUAGUAAGUUACUCAUGUAUGCGUGUGUAUAUG